GAAAAAGUGAUCCCUAAUUUCUGUCCACAGUAACACCGAUACCCAGAUUCUUCACCGGGCAGGAAGCAGGAUGCGCAACCCACUGGAGACGCCGCCGCUCUGCCAUUGCUGCCCGAGAUCCCCUGAUUGCCGCAGCUUCCUCAAUGGCUUGCCAAUUUCACCAGACAAAACUCCAAUUUGUCCCCCACCAUCUUCUCCCUGCUGGAACCUCGCUUCGUUGCCGCUUGAGACGCCCCAAUGCUCCACCAGCGACGACGCUGGUGAAUUCCAACUGCAUCCCUGCAGUUUCACCACCUGAGACCCCCACCCUCCACCCCCCAUGCUGGCCUGUGCAAUCCGUCUAGAGAUUCCACUGGCGUGCCUGCUAGGGUGACCCGGCGAUCCAAAUCCAAGCCAAGAGAGGGACCCUGAGGACCCGAGUAGUUGUUUACUUCCUUUUCUGAAGGAGACGAGGCCCCCUCAGCAAAUGCAUGGGAGACUAAAAUCAUUCUCAGUAGAAACGUCACAAGGGAUUUGGUACAUCGAUGUAAGUUCCGUCACUGGUGCUGGACGGCCACCCGCCGAUGCUGCUCGGCAGCCACAACCAUCAGCACGACCUCAGCCUCAAGUUCCUUGUGAUGCUAAUAUGGUGAAAAUCAAGAACAUGCCUCCAACUAGGAGUGUGCACCAAUCUCACGCUGGACCUAGCACUGGCAGGGAUCUCCAUGAAAGUGAUGAUGAUGAUGAUGCCUUCAUGGAACCUCCGCCAUGGCGUCAUGUGCUCAAGAAACAAUGCACCAAUGCAAAUGUAGCAGCCAAUGCAACUGCGAAGACUACCAAGACUCUAGUAAAGUAUGCUCAUGCUCCAACAGUUCGCUGUGCCCCUUUGACAUUCAACAAAUUUGUUGACAACUUGACCCUCAACCAGCGUAUAAAGAUCAUAGAGAUGGGUUUUGGUGGCCUCCUUGGUAUAUCUGCAGAGAGGAUAGGAAGCAGAGAACUAUUGAAGUUCUUGUUCGACAGGCUAGACCCCAACAGUAUGGUAAUCGAACUUGGCAAAAAUAGGGGAAUCCAUGUGACUCCCUUUGCCAUGAAGCAAGUGCUCGGCAUACCAGAUAGUGAUGAAGAUCUACCUCUACAAACAAACAACCAUGCAUCCAAGGCUCUGUCCAAACUCAAGAUUAUGUUGGGUCUUGAAGAAUGCCAGGACCUUCACGCGAGCCAUCUCCAAAAGAUCUUGAAGGAUGAUUUAGAGCUGUGCUCUAAUUUGAUUGAUGAUGAAAUGGAAAUAAGAUUUUUCUUUAUCAUUGCUUCUAACAAGCUCCUAUUUCCUAGCACAGAUAACAACAUCAGAUGCAAGGAUAUUUACCUGACUAGGGACUUGUCUCGUUUAUCGGAUAUGAACGGGUGCAAGGCGGUUGUGGAUGACCUUAGACAUGCUGCUCAUGCAUAUCAUAUUGACAAGACAAAGAAAGGGACACCAUCACUCCCUGGAUGUGCUAUAUUACUGAUUAUACUGUAUUUGGAUAACCUACAAUGCAAACACAAGAUCGAACACAUGAACACUCCUCGUGCAAAGUACUUCGAUCAAAAUGUUAUACAAAAGAUCACUUCUGCUGAUAGAACCAAGGACCAACAAGGGAAGGCUACGUUUGGGCUAUUACCGCUUAAGAGUAGCAACAAUACUUGCUACUAUACGACCCAUCACCCAUUUUCAAAUGUGCCAGCAAACAAUGAACCAUUGGCUGCAUCUUAUUUCCCAAGUAUAAUAGCAGAACUGGGUGGAUUUGUUGAUCAGAUUGAUAGCAGGACAAGGCAGUCGCAGGCAAGGGCAGCCCUGGCAAAGUUUGAUGCCAAAUCCAAGAAAGCGUCAAGCUAUAUGAACACGGGGCAACUGAUGUUACAGAAUGCACACCAGAAAGUUAUACGAAAUCUGCGGGCAAUUUUGCAGGACAAGGCGCAUGGCAACAUUGGUCAAGAUCAUCAUCAUCAACCCAACACUUCUGAUACAGCUCAAGCCGCUGAUGUCAGCAUGCAUGGUAGCCGUAAUGGUCAUAACAUGGGAUCUGAACAUGUAUUUGACAAAGAGGUUCCAUCUGAAACAAGGGAAAAUGAGUUGCAUUCUAGUAAUCCCGAUUCCCUACAUGGAAUGUGGCCACCCUAAUCAGGAUAGGCCUUUGCAGUUCGCACAAAACGGGGCACGAGAACCAGAUCUGCCAAACCAUGCAACUCUGCACCAAACCCAUGAUGAAAC